ACUUCGUGUACUAAUACAUGGUUCUACCGAAGGAGUGUCGAAAAAUACCCUGAUUUUGAAAUAUGUCAUAUUUAAAACAAGUCAAGGCCACUGAAGAGUUGAAUUGGGAAUUCUUGAUAGGUUAUCGAAAUUCAAACUUCAGAUUUUAAACAUGUCAAGAUUGAAGAUUGAAGAACAGCUGUUCGAAACGAUGCAUGCGACGUUACCAUUGGUUUCCGAAUUACCUCGAAAUUAAUUGACGCUCAUUCCCGACCAAUCAAGCCCAACAAUAGACUGGGUGUUUUUCCCAGAGCCGACGAGCAGCGCUUUUGAGAAAUUGACAAUAUCAAAUGUAAACUCGCACAAGACGCUUUGACUGGAAUAUUCAUUGUUUACAAAGGCUGAAAUUAUCAUUACAGUGGCAAGAUUACUGGCAAAGAAUUAAGCUUCCCUUACGAGCACGCAGUGACCAACAGCGAAUCGCCUUAUCGCCAAAUCUGCUUCUUUACAACAUAAUGAAACUGUUUACUACCACGCGCUGGAUCGGUUUCAUCUGCCAGUGCUGUGUCAUUCGCUGAAAUGCUCGUGAUUCAAUUGGAAGAGACGGAUUCCAUAGCCGGGUUUACAACGAAGAACAGAUCUCUGCGGCAAUCGUCAGCGAUUUAUUAUUAAGUUUUCAUGAAGAUCACUUUUUAGUCGAGCUUGUGGCUGGAAUAAUAUUUUUCGCUCACGGGGUAAAUCUCGUUGUCUGGCGAAAAUAUGCGACGAACACGGUUGUUACCACGUGCAAGUUCCCUGUCAAACUGGUAUGUACUGAUAGCGUUUAUUUACUCUUCGUGCUUCGUUCAGAAUGUAGCAACAUUUAAAACUGUUGAAGUAUACGAAGGUUUGCCGCCCGGCAGUUCUAUUUUGAACUUGAAACAAAAACCGGGCAUUAUUUACUCGCUUCACCGGGACUCAUCCACCGCGGACAGUUCAAGUUUGUUUUACAUAGACUCGAAUGGAGUUCUUACAUCAAAAGUAACUUUAGAUCACGAAGAUGAGAGAGGGAAUGUAUUCGAUUUACUGGUAAUUUCGCGGGAAAUCUCGAGAACAGAGGGUGGAUUUGGAAGCAUCGUGCGUGUUCGAAUUCUCGAUCGCAACGAUAACCCACCGAAGUUUCCCAAGGAUUUGUACACUUGUUCUGUGGCUGAAAAUAGCCGUACUGGAACUUACGUUCAGGGACUCGAGAGCGUUUUUGCUAAUGACUUGGAUCGUGGAAAAAACUCUGUACACAAGUACAGCAUUGUGGCUGGAAACGAGGCGGGAAAGUUCGAUGUCGAUUUCCACGAGCUUGCUGGUGUGAAAUUUUUACGCCUCAAAACUAAGGCGCCUAUUGACAGAGAGGAAACGCCGUUUUUUGUGCUGACAGUCCAGGUCGAAGACGGAGGAAAUGUUUCACUUUCAAGCACUACCCAAGUACGAGUCAACAUACUUGACGAAAAUGAUCAGACCCCGAAAUUUGAACCACCCGAUUAUUCCGUGGCUGUCAGUGAGAACGUACCCGUGGGAACUUCUGUUCUGCAAGUGAAAGCUUCUGAUGGCGACACCGGCACAAACGCUGAAAUUUAUUAUUACUUCAAACCUGAACACGAUUUUUUCACCGUGGAUGCUCACACAGGCAUUGUUGAGACAGCUUGUGAAUUAAAUUUCGAGAAGGGGAAUUCCUUUGAUCUAACAGUGUAUGCGGUGGAUCGGGGCAAAACUGCUCGACAAGCGAAAACUCUUUUGCGAGUACGCUUGGUGGAUAUAACAGCUUUCCCUCCUUCGCCUGGAGCUGUUUCUUCCAAAUUGGCGCCACCUGUCUUCCACAAACACACGUAUUUCGUAAGAAUCAGGGAAGAUUUUCCGGUUGGAGGUGCAAUUGUUCGGGUGAAUGCACACCAGGGAGGCCUUCCACAAACGUUUGAUAGAACGUGGCGAUAUAUUAUUCUCAACAACGCUGCAAUUAGCGGAUCAGUUUUCUACAUUAACCCUCGGAGCGGAGUUAUUUCACUUCGAGAACCCCUAGAUUAUGAGAACAAAACUUCCUUUGAGCUUACAGUGAAAGCCGAAGAUGAACAAUCUAAAGACUUGUACGAUUCACAUGCGCGGGUGGUGAUGGUAAUCCAAGAUGUAAGUGAGAAUUAUUUCGCGCCAAUUUUCUCUGUUUCGACCUCGGUGGUGUUCAUUUCGGAGAAUGCACAACAAAAUUCCCUCGUUUCAAGAGUUUCAGCUACUGAUGCUGAUGAAGGUAUCAAUGGAAAAGUUACUUUUACAAUCACUGGAGGUUCAGGACUGGGAAAAUUUACUAUUGACCAGAACACAGGGAAAGUGCAAUCGCUCGUUCGGUUCAACAGUGAAAUGGAUUCCCAGUUUGAUCUGCACGUGCGGGCGAGCGACCGUUCAAAACAACCGCUAUUUUCGAAUUCAUACUUAUUAAUUAAACUUCGAAAUGGUGGACAGAAAAGGCCGUUCUUUUACAACCCACAGCAGCUUGUCCAUGUUCGAGAAAACAGUGAAAAGGGGACUUUUGUGGCUCUGGUCCGCGCCAAAGUACGAUCUCGAAGAUCGAACAUCGACAAAGUUACGCAGUAUUUUAUUUCAAGCGGAAAUGAAGCCGAACAGUUUUCGUUGAAUUCCACUUCAGGGAUCAUUUCAACUACAGGGUCUCUUGAUCGUGAAAGUAAAGAUCGUUACAUCCUUGAUGUUUAUGCCCAGGUUAAGGGAGCUCCAUCAUCAACAAGUUCACCAUUUCAAGUUGUUGUCAUGGUUUCUGAUGAAAAUGAUAAUAGUCCAUCUUUUGAAAAGCAGGAAUACAAAGUGUCUGUCACUGAGAAUAUUGGUCCCAUAUCAAACUUGCUUUGCCUAGCCGCUCAUGACCCUGAUUCUGGCCAGAAUGGAAACCUCACAUAUUCUAUAAUCUCUGGCGAUGACCCAUUCUCCAUCGACCCAGUACUUGGAGUGUUAACAGUCGACAAAUCUUUAGACUAUGAGAAGCAGUCAUUGCACAGACUUGUUAUACAGGCUGCUGAUCAUGGCGUACCCAGUCGAAAAGCAACAACGAAGGUUAACAUUAUUGUGCAGGAUGCUAAUGAUGUGCCUGUAUUUUCUCAGAGUCACUAUGAAGUGAGUGUGCUGGAAGAUGCAGACGUGGAAGGUACAGUAGCCGUGUUAGAAACUUCAGAUCAAGACCGAGACAAGAAUGGAAAGUUCACGUGUGACAUGGAAAAUAUGGACCUGGAUACAAUGGACACGUUCACUGUCAGACGGAUUCCUGAAGGAUGCGCUCUUGUCCUGCUGGGAUACCUAGACUGGGCUUCUGCUAAUCAGUAUUCCUUUUCGAUUCGCGCCACAGACGACGCAGAGGCUGCCCAGCGAAAGUCUGCCGUUGCUUCCGUGACCAUCAACGUUCAAGACACAAACAAUCACGAUCCUGAGUUUCUGCAGUCGUCUUACUGGGUGUCGUUACCCAACGACGCCAGUAUGGGCGCGACUGUCUUGACAGUCAAGGCCCGCGACCUCGAUCAGGGUACAAACGCUGAGAUAACAUACAAACUUUCAAAUGAUGUCUUUUCCAUUCAUCCGACUAAAGGCAUCAUAAAGCUCAAACAAGGACUGGGCUCCCUUACGAACGAGAAAUAUGAAUUCUCAGUAAGAGCGACAGACCAGGGUACACCCAACAGACAGUCUGCUGUCAGCGUCACGGUGUCAGUUCAUGCGCUGUCUUACAUCCCGCCCAGAUUUCUGAGGCCAGUUUAUCGCAAGGUCAUCCGUGAGAACUUCAAAACGGGCGUAGCACUGUUAACGGUACGCGCGCAAAAGAGCAUGGGCUUAGGUAGUUCUAUGGAGUACUUCAUCGUGGGUGGUGAUCCGCUGAACCAGUUCAGCGUGGGCACUCGCAGUGGCGUGCUCACUCUUAAAAAGCAACUGGAUUACGAGCGAGUCAAACAGCAUGUCUUGGUUGUGCGUGCGGUGCAGAAUGGACUCUCACUUGACACGCCUUCACUUCCAACUGAGGUUAAAGUGAUCGUGAAUGUUACGGAUGUCAAUGACAAUCGUCCCCGGUUCGCUCUACCCGUGGACCCGCUCGUUAUAUCAGUGGAUGAAUUUGAACCCCCAGGGAUUCUGGUGACUACAGUCAAAGCGUUUGAUAAAGACACUGGCAACCAUUCGUCUGUCACUUACACACUUAACGAUAAACAUUUUCACAUCCACUCCUAUCUGGGGAUUAUCACGACCAAAUCUGAGUUGUAUUAUUCCCAGGGCAACUCGCGAACGUUCGUUGUCACGGCAACCGAAUCGACCCCUCCCAGACGAAGCGCUAAAGCGAAUGUGGUGGUCAUGAUCAACAAAGCGACCCCACCGCCGCGGUUUUCCCGCGAGGAAGUGGCUGAAUAUGUGCCAGAGGACAUACCCGUGGGGAAUUCUCCGGUUGAGUGUGCCGCCAAGAGUCGGGUCACGUUGAAAUACUGGAUGCCAAGUGGUAAUGAAGCAGGUCAUUGGUGUAUAGAUACCACUGGGAAGAUUCGAGUGGAUAAACCACUCGAUCACGAGCAGCAAGAUUCGUACCAUCUCAAGAUAAACGUAGCGGAUGAUCUGAGAACCCAUGUCGGUCCAAGCGUCUUGCUGAAGUUAAAAGACAUCAACGACAACGUACCCGCGUUCAGCUCGAGCGCUUACAAGUUCUACGUGUCGGAGAAUUUACCCGAAUAUCACACAAUAGCUGUUAUGUCGGCGGUGGAUGGCGACAAGGGCUCGAAUGGCCGAGUAAAGUACUCAGUAGUGGGUGUGGAGGAUGCACGAACAAGCGACAAAUUUCACAUAUCAGCCAGCGGUCAUCUAAUGACGACUGAAGUUCUAUUGGACAGGGAACUUAUGGAGAAGCACGUACUUGUGGUGCGCGCGGAGGAUGAUGGGAAGCCAUCGCUAAGCAGUGUAGCGCGUGUUACUGUCGUUGUAACAGAUGUGAAUGAUAACAGCCCUGUGUUUGACACAGACAAAUUCAGGGCCAGGGUUCCAGUUGAUGCUAAAGUCGGAUCCAGGAUUUUUGCUGUGGUGGCGUCGGAUAUGGACUGGGCUGAGAAUGGUCUUUUGAGCUACUCGAUCAUCGAAGGAAACUCGGAGAAGUUCAUCAGUGUAGACUCUGUUGACGGAUCUGUCAUUGUAGCCCGCCCCCUGACGUCACUGAAACCAAUCAAAUUCAAAGUCAUGGCACGUGAUCUCGGGCAGCCUGUUAGAAACGCGACCGCCGACGUCAUUCUUACCAUUCACGCCAUUGAGGGCCCCCCUCGGUUCCUUUCCUCUUCUUACGAAGCGCGCGUAACGGAAAACAAGAAAGCGGGAACGGAGGUCAUUCGUGUCGAGGCGGCAAGCGUCGACCCUGUGGUCUCCUACAAAAUAUUACACGGAAACGGUAGAGAAGAUUUUCAUUUGAAUGACGAGACAGGGUCGAUAACCACAGCUAGACCGCUGGACUAUGAAACUGUGGCACGAUACGACCUCGUUGUCAUGGCGAUAGACAGUAGCAAUAGAAUGAAUUACGUCAAGGUAGCUAUAAAGGUUGUCAAUCUCAAUGAUAAUGAACCUUACUUUGUGGAUAUACAGGGCGGAGUGAUCGAAGGACAGAUCUUAGCUGACGCCGUUACUGACAGUCACGUGAUGUUGUUGAAGGCACGUGACAGGGAUGCUAGUGACGUCAUCGCAUACAAGAUCCGCGACAGAAAGGCAGCUUCAUAUUUUACUGUUGACUCCGAAGGGGGCCUAAAAACUAAGAAAACUCUCACUGGACUACGGUCGCCUUUUGUUUUCAGAAUUGAGGCUGUGGAUAGCGGGAUUCCUUCCAAGAGUGCGUUUACGUCAGUAAGGCUUGUGUUUCUUAAGUAUCACAUGCAACAGAGGGAACUACAAAAGGGUGUUCCUGAAGACGUCAAACAAGACGAUGUAAUCAUCAAAGUGAAAGAUGCAGCGAAUAUUAAAAAUCCAGAGUUCUCCAUCAUUUCCCCGCUGGGCGCACCUUUCCGCAUAAACAGUCAAAACGGAGAAAUUCGCACUUCGCGUCCACUUGACUUUGAAACGACGCAGAAUUAUUCUCUUAUAGUGCAGGUACAGAACUCGAAAGAUUUGAAGGAUUACACCAAUAUUGACGUAAUGGUAAACAUUGAGGACGUUAACGAUAAUUCACCGGCUUUUGGCAUGGAAAAAAGUGACGGGCUAUACGUGGCCAAAGUCAAUAGGAAUCCUCUCCAGGGUACGGUGGUGUAUACACUAACGGCAUCAGAUCGAGACUCGAGAGGCCAUCUGCGUUUCUCGCUGGUCAGCAGUAAUGAUGGAAACGCCGUGUUCGAGGUCGAGGCUGAGAGCGGCAAAGUGAAAACACUUAGCCAACAGGUGCUGAUGGCAGACUCUUACAAUUUGACAAUACGCGUGAGUGACAGCGACACGCCCUCGCGUGACGCACGGGCUAUACUGCACGUGCAAGUUGGGGAAUAUCCGCCUUCGUUCAGUCAGGAUCAAUACGUUUUCACUAUCAAAGAAAACACACAGAGGGGAUUUACUAUUGGCCAUAUUAAGGCAUACAGCUACUCUGGGGCGUCAGUGUCAUACACUGUCGUACACGGGAAUGUCCAAAAUAGUUUUAUCCUGGAUAGCAACACUGGACGUCUCGCUCUCCCCAAUCCACUUGACUACGAACGCGACUCGAACGUCUAUUACAUCAGAAUACGAGCCACAGAGGUGGGCAUCCUCUCGUACCAGUCCUCCGAAGUUAACGUUCAAGUCCUUCUUCAAGAUGUUAACGAUAAUGCAGCAGAGUUCUCUCAACAACGUUACAGAUACACUCUACCGGAAAGUGCCCCUGUGGGCACAACUGUGCUGUCGGUUUCAGCUCAAGACAGUGAUUCUGGUAUAAACGGCCAGUUCAGAUAUUACAUGGAGAAUUCCUACUUCACUGUGAAUCCGUACACGGGGGAAAUCACUACGACGAAACCGCUGGAUUACGAGACCGCGCGCUCGCACACCUUUGUCGUGGUAGCGCAAGAUGGCGGGAGCCCAGUGCUGAAUGGGACCGUGCGAGUUGAAGUGACGCUUCAGAAUGUGAAUGACAACCCGCCACGGUUUUCACAACCAGUGUAUAAUGAAUAUGUGACUGAAGAUGCUGGCCGGGGGGAACUGGUGACUACAGUUCAAGCAAGCGACUUGGAUCUCGAUCCAGUCUCCUACAGCAUCAUGUCUGGUGAUAACAGCAGUAACUUUGUGAUUGACAGCCGAACAGGAGUAGUCCGAUUAGUGAAGCACAGGGAACCCAAUCUUGUAGGUCCGUACUACGUCCUUAAUAUCAGUGCCUCGGACGGCCUACACAGCAGCCAGGCUGUGCUAGUUGUGGCCAUUCAGGACAUCAACAAUCACAAACCAGUGUUUAGAGACUGUGACAAGUAUCGGCCAAUCAUUGCAGAAAACCUUCCCCCAGGCUCUCCAGUUAUUCAGGUUAGCGCCGAAGAUGGCGAUAUGGGCGAGAACGGCCAAGUCAAUUACCACAUCGAGCGACCGACUAUCGGCAUACCGUACUUCAAAAUCAACGGCACCUCAGGCCUGGUGACCACAGCUAUGAUGUUCGACAGGGAAGAGAAGCGAUCCUACCAGAUAAGGAUCACGGGAAGGGAUGGUGGACCCAACCGCAAAGAAGCCGAGAGGCUGAUGGGAUUUUGCCAAGUAGAGAUCCAGAUUGAUGAUGUGAAUGACAAUGCACCCGUGUUUAGUAACACGCCAUUUAGGACUAACAUUAAAGAGGACCUCGAAAAGGGGAACAUUGUACUUUAUGUUAGCGCUACUGACAAGGACGCUGGGAGCAAUUCACUGAUAACAUACUCCUUUGAAACGCCUAAUGACCAAUUCUCGAUUUCUAACACCACGGGGGUUAUAACCACCAAAAGCGCACUGACAUCUUCGAAAUAUCAAUUUGCUGUGAUUGCCCGAGAUAAUGGCGACCCACCACAAUCUUCUAAAGCAGCCGUCUUCAUUAGCGUGUACAAAGUUGGAAAAGACCCGCCAAAAUUCACGCAGAACGUGUACACCGCGCGUGUGCGCGAGGAUGCGCAGCAAGGACACAUCAUUACGCGCGUGCAGGCCACAAGCCCGGAUCCCAAUAAUAUGAUUUUUUACACAAUUGUGAAUUUUCCUCAGCCAGUUCACAUCGACCCGUUGCAAGGGAUAGUGAAGACGAAGCACCCUCUUGAUUACGAGCUAGCGCCAAACUACACGGUGCAUAUCCAAGCACAGGACACCCAGGAUCCUCCGCUCUUGUCGUUCACGCGGCUGGAGAUUCUCGUGGAGGACGUGAAUGAUUCGCCGCCUGAAUUUCCGGUCUCAAAGUAUGAAGGCCAAGUUGCCGAGAACGCACCAAUCGGAAGCUCUGUAUUAGAGGUGAAAGCCAAGGAUCCCGACAAGGGCGAGAACGGACGAGUCAAAUACAAGUUCAGCGGAUCUACGAAGCCUUUGAUAUACGACUCGUUUGAUCUGGAUCCCUUGACAGGACUUAUCUCUACCAAGAAAGUGUUUGAUCGCGAGCGAACUGGGCGCUACAAUUUGGUCGUGGAAGCACGUGACCACGGUAAAUUUCCCAAAUGGUCGAGCUGUCUUGUAAAUGUCAUUAUCAGCGAUCAGAACGACAACGCCCCAGUCUUUGAGCAGCUUGUGUACAAUGCAAGCGUGUUUGAGGACGCGGCUAGCGGCACAGGCGUGUUACAGGUAUCGGCAAGAGAUGAUGACAUUGGAAACAACGCUGUGGUAAACUAUUACAUCGUAGCGGGAAAUACCAGAGCGGCAUUUGAAAUAAACAAAGAUCUUGGCCAGAUCGUUGUCGCUAGCUCUUUAGAUCGCGAAACGCAGGACUUCUACAAGCUCAAAAUAAGAGCGCAGGACGGGAAAAAUUCCGUUACUGCUGUGGUGAACAUACACGUUAACGAUGUUAAUGAUAACAAUCCCGUGUUCUCCAACCACACGUAUGUAGCUUAUGUUUACGAAAACCGGCCUGCGGGAAGCACCGUUGCAACCCUGUCGGCGGCAGAUGAGGACCUGGGACUAGGCGGAGAGUUCACUUUUUCAAUCGGUGGUCAGGGCACAGAUGCGUUUGAAAUCGAUCCGAUAACAGGAGUCAUGAAAACUAUAAAGCCAUUGGACCGAGAAUUAAAAGCACGAUAUGAUUUUCUUGCGUUCGCUACCGACAAUCCCGGUGCAGAGUCCAGGAGGACUGGGUCCUGUGAUGUAGUGGUCUGGAUCCGGGACAUAAAUGAUAACCCGCCGCAGUUCCCAGAUGAUGCGUACGAAGGAAGCGUGAAAGAAAACCAGUUGCCCGGUACACGCGUCAUGGUCAUGUCGGCGGUCGACAAGGACGACUCGAACGAGAACGGAAACGCUGUCAUGACUUACCAACUCAUCGAAGAUUCAGAUGGCAACUUUACAAUCGAUCGCGACUCGGGCGUUAUCUCGACGCGCGCGAAGCUUGACCGAGAAGAAAACGACAGAUACCGACUGGUUGUCAACGCUACGGAUCGAGGUCGGCCGGCGCUCUGGGGUCAAGUGGAGGUUAUGGUCAGGGUCACCGAUGAUAAUGACCACCCACCUCGGUUUGUAGACAAGGUGUUUCUCGCCAGCGUGUUCGAGAACGCUUCUAUUGAUUCAUCUGUGAUGAGGCUGAAGGCCACUGAUGAAGACAUUGGUAUCAAUGCGAGGUUACGUUAUAGUAUUAUACAAGGAGGGACUCAGGGGAUGGGGGACGGUAGGAGAAUGUUCCGCAUUGUGGAGGACACGGGGGUACUUCAAGUGGCCAGGAGCUUGGAUUACGAGAGUGACAAGGAAUACAAAUUGACAGUCCAAGUGCGUGACUCCAGUGCUCCGUUCUUCAGUGACACAGCGGAAGUAGUGAUAUCCAUUCAGGAUUAUAACGACAACCCCCCGGUAUUCAACCCGGUAUCGUACGCGGCAAAAGUCCGGGAGGAUGUUAUCCCGGAGGUGUUUCUCCUGCAGGUUACCGCCACAGAUUCGGAUACGGGCAGCAACCAAGACUUCAAAUUCUCAAUUUACGAGGGUGAUCCCGAGGGACAGUUUCGUAUCGACCCGGACUAUGGCAAGUUGUACGUUCACCGUAAGCUGGAUCGGGAGACCCGCGCAGUUUAUCUGCUUACUGUUAGAGCCACGAAUACAGCGACGCCUCCUUUGUACGGUCACGCGUCGGUCAAAAUCACCUUAGUCGACGUGAAUGACAACGGCCCCACCUUCCACCCCUCAAUGUUUCACUUCAGCGUCAAAGAAAACACCGCACCCUCCCAGUCCAUUGGAAAAAUUAGCGUUGAUGACCCGGAUCUUGACCCUCCGAACGGAGGUCCGUUCUUUUUUGAAAUCUCCAGUGGCAACGACCAAGGCUUCUUUAAGCUCGACAACAAAACGGGUGAGUUCUUUACGAGAGCCUCUUUUGACAGAGAGAAGCGCGCGUCGUAUAUGCUGGGAAUACGAGCGAGAGAUAGCGGAACUCCCCGGCAACACUCCGAGACUUUCCUCUAUGUGCACAUAUUAGAUGAUAAUGACCAUCAGCAUUCCACGGGCACGUUGAACCUCGAGCUCAAUUCAUACCAGGGGAAAUUUCCCGGGGGGAGGGUGGGAAAGGUUUACGUCGUCGAUAAGGACACCGACGACGCGAGGUUCUACGAAGUGUUAGCAAACAGCUCCGGAUACUUCACGAUUGAACGAAAGACGGGAAUGAUCAUAAGCCGACCGAAUCCUCCCAAGGGAGAUUACUUUUUGACGGCCAGAGUUUCGGAUUUUAACAGCUCGUUCACAUCGGUAAUUUGCUCCGUGUUUAUCAAAGUCAAAGAAGUGUCUGCCGAAGCUGUUCGCAACAGCAUGGCUGUAAGACUUGGCGGUAUUUCGCGCGAAGGCUUCAUUACAACCGUUAUGCCAAGAUUUAAGGAGUCAGUGGCGAGUAUUCUUAACACAAAUGAAGACAACGUGGAUCUGUUCAGCGUGCAGGGCGCACCGAAGAAUUUUAGAGCCAUCGACGUGCGCUUUGCUGCGCAUGGCAGCCCUUACUAUGCUCCAGAGAGGAUGACCGCUAUCCUGAAGAACAACAGGCCUAGUUUGGCCAAAGCUUUGGAAGAUUUUGAUGUGGAUGUGUUGAUCGUAGGCGUGGAUGAAUGCCUGCACGAGCCUUGCGAAUCAGGUGGAUGUGCGAAUGUUUUAAUCGCCAAUGGAGAAGUGGAAGUUAUUUCUGUGAAGGGGACAUCGUUUGCGUCGAUUGUGGCUAUCCUGACAGCGCGGUGCGACGAUUGUGAUGAGGAACAAGUAGAGAGGCCGGGCUGUGAAUCAAACCCGUGUUUGAAUGGAGGCACUUGUCAAGUCAUACCUGAAGGACAUGUUUGUCGAUGUUUGAUGGGCUUCGAUGGACCUAACUGUGAAUUUACCACGCGGAGCUUUGAACCUGGCGAGUGGCUGUGGCUGCCGCCGCCUCAGCAGUGCAGCGUUGGCUCCCUCUCAUUAGAGUUCGCGUCGCGAGAGACAAACGGGCUGCUGUUAUAUGGAGGUCCAACCUCUCCCGUGCGGGAGGGGGACGUGCACGAUUUUAUCGCAGUAGAGCUGGCCGGCGGCAAGAUCCUCGUGUCCAUGUCCCUUGGGGAUCGUAACGAUGUGGUGCGCGUUGGUGUUACUGGUGGUAUGGCUCUGAAUGACGGUGAAUGGCACCAUGUGGAGGUUUACAGGAACAGAACGUUUGUGCGAGUCACAGUGGACAAGUGUAAAGGAGCGCCAGUGAUGGAAGGAAGGAGGCGCAGAGCUGUGGAAGACAUGUCUCAAUGCUCGUCCACGGCAAGAAUGCGUGGUGAUAAUAACAAGUUUUUGAAUUUAAAUAGUCCCUUACAGCUCGGCGGUUUAUCCAGUACAAAUCUUCUGUACCCUAAACUCUCAGUGACGAGUUACAAAGGUUGUAUUCGUAAUGUGAUCAGUCAGGGAACUUACUACGAUCUCAAGACGCCGUCCCACAGCAAUGGCACCAAGGAGGGAUGUCCCAUGGUGGACCAACACUGCAGGGGCCACCAGUGCGACUCCCUUUCCAAAUGUGUUCCUUCGUGGACUGGCUACUCCUGCUCUUGCCCUUUCGGCUUCUCUGGUCCUACGUGUGGCCAAAGAACCCGUACCUUGACCUACGCGGACGGCAGUUUUACCCAGUACCUUUUUCACCUGCACAAGUUCGAUUAUGACCCGCGGGAGACUAAGAUCCAAAUGCAGAUCCGAACACGUGACCCUGACGGUGGUGUGCUGAUGUUCAAUGGUGGAAGUGAAGAAGGACGGUUUAGUUUGCUAGAGGUUUUACCAUAUGAUACUGACGGGGAUGGGGAGAGUGAGCUGAUUGUCACCUACACGCUUGGACUCGAAAGCCGGUCUUCUGCAGUAGUACAGCUGACUGGUGUGAACGUGGGCAACGGUCAGUGGCACAAUAUAAGCGUGGUGAGGGAGAGAACACAGGUCACGCUCUCGGUGGACAGUGAUGGCGAUGGAUAUUCUGUGACAGAAUAUCUCGGCGCAGAACACACACUCUUUGUUCUGGAUCCUACAAGGACCUUUAUCGGAGGACUAAACUCGCCUACUUUGUCACGCCACCGCCGUGACAAGAAAAAUGAUUUUGUUGGCUGCAUUAAUGAUGUGAGAUUUAACGGUCAUCUGCUGUAUUACUAUAAUGGAACAAGUGAUAUUGGCAAUGCACGGUCCAUAGGUGUUACUGAAGGCUGUAGUGCAAGUCCCGUAUGUGAACCCAACCCGUGUGUAGCCUCGGAAUGGUGUCGAGACAUUUGGCGGAAGUUUGUCUGCUUGCCUCGCCUGUGUACCUCCCGGCCCUGUCAAAAUGGCGGCACGUGUGUUGAAGGAGUUGAUGAUAAAGGCAACAGUAAGUUCUACUGCAGAUGUCCUCUGGCAUUUGAGGGCGCGCUCUGUGAAGUUGAGGGCGCUGUGGUUGUUGCUGAAGAUUCUGGUGUCGGAUUUGAAGACGGAUUGAUUAUUGGCUUGUCAGUACUGGUGGUCACCCUAGUUUUGUCAGUAUGCAUUUUAAUCGUUUACCUUCGCCGCUCCCGUCCCAAGAAAAUGGACGUCGUGGUAGACGAAGAUCACUUUAAACGCGACAACGUCGCCAGCUACCGCAUCGAAGGAGGCGGCGAGGAGGACCUUGAGGAGGAAGGUCAUGUGAGAGAUAUUUUGAGAUCCUUUGAGACGAACGAUUUCAGCCCUUGUCAAAACAAGUUUAAACUGUCCGGAAGCAACAGUGAUGUCAAUGGACCUUACGUUGUUCUGGCCCCGAUCAAAACGGAGUCUGACGCAAGACAACGCAAUGGAAUCCCCGCUGCGAAACCUGUUCAGAAACCUGUCCAACCUGAUAAACAGGAAGCUCAAUGUUCGUUCUCUCAUGAUGGGUCCGAUCAAGAGCCUCCAGACUCUUACUCAUCGCCGUCAGCGGUAUCAACUCCAGAACGGCGCAGGCGCGUCCGUACUUCGUCCAAGGGAGAAGUCGGGGAAAGGCACAGUCCCGAGGGGGGAGAUGGAGCAAUGGAACCAAGUCCGACUCGUAAGUUAACUCAAGUGUUUGGAUUAACUGAUGCAGAACAGGGGGGCAUGAGAUCACCUCCCGAGGGGUUUUCAUCGCCGGAGAAGUACGGGAGUCUCACUAAAAGGGAACGUGGAAAUGGAGCUUCUUUGCAAAGACCUAACAAAACUGAGGAAGAAAGUAGAAAACCGCUACAAAAUGGUGAGUUCCCAUUCUCUUCUAGCGGGUCAUAUGCAAUGGAGAAUCCGCUGUCUCGUCCAAACAGCGAUCUUCCCAGUGCGGCUGUAGAAGAUGGAUUCCCUCCAAUCCAACGAAACUCUCUCCCUCCGAGAAAACCCCCGCGAUCUUACUACCCCAGAGGUGUGCCUCCCCCACCGGGGAAUUUCUUGCCAGAGGAUGCAAUGCAGAGGUUUUAUUACGAGGGUUCUGGAUCUCCUACCAUCUCACUAAGUACCCUUGGGGAUACUGAGGGGGAUUCAGAGACAGAUGAUUGUUAUGAGUAUGUAAAUGACAUGGGAGAUAAGUUCAAGAAACUCGUGCGCAUCUACGGACUGACCCCGUCUGUGACCUUCAGUCCAAACGACGAAGUCAUUGGAGAGUAACGCAAGGGGAGUAACGCAAGGAUAGUAACUUAGGGGAGAAACGUAAGUAGAGUAACGCAAGGGGAGUGACGGAAGGGACCAAACGCCAGUUAAACCAGACUUUUAGGCUUAAAACACGAGUAGUUAAUGUGAUACUUUGCUUUGAUCGCACACUUUCCUCUGCAUCAAAGGAGUCUUAACCCUUUCAUCCCCAUCAAAGAUCAAAAGGAGGCAAAGUUGGUUUUGCGUUAUUGUGGUUCAACAGUAGAGCGCGGUAGACAAUAGACUCCCUGUCACGAGGAUACGAUUUCCUACGAAAGGACAUAAUUCUUUCACAAAAUGAAUCCUCCCAAAGAUAGUUGACCAAAAUGUACGCAAUGCAGUGGAGGAGAAUUUUGAUGCCGAGAUUGGAGUGAAAGGGUUAAAAAAGAACGAUAGGGAAAAGUCUCACGUGAAGAGCUCGCAAAUAGUUCCAACCUCGUCCCUGGCAACCUCGUUCCAAGGGUUUCUCUACCUCGUGAAACGAAAAAGAGGGAGGACCCUGGGAUCGAGGUUGUAUCCCUGGUUCUUUUCCGCUGGCACAUCCAAGAUGGCGACCAGUCUGACCGCUAUCUGGAAAUUUAUCUCCAGCAAAAUCAUGGGGACAACGUUGCGGGCUUCCUCAAUUUCUGUUUUUCUCUCCUUUGCAAAGCUUCAGUUAAUCAUUAACAAGUACACUACACCAUGAAAAUGCAGGUUGUCAGCAGAGAAGCUGAUUCUUAUUUCCAUCGAUUUAUUGUGAAAUACUGUUUUAAUGGAAAAUUUGCAUGGCUAUUCAACAUCUCAAUCAUUCUUUCUAUAAGGGUUAAAUCUUCUAUUUAUUAAAAAGAAAGCUUACCACUUGCAUGUAAAGCUUGUAUCUCAAGUCAGUUGUAUAUUUUUAUUUUCUUGACGGGGAAACUCAUAACUCUUCCUUGCCAAAAAAUUGGAAUAACAUUCCAUGUUGCUUGUAAAUCUGUACAAUAAUUGCCAACACGGAGAUGUUUAGGUUUGGUUCCAGCUUAGAACGCUUUAGAAAUUUUAUAGUGUUGGCCAACUCGUUUUGCACGUAUUAGAUUUGAUAUUGCGGAUUAGAAUUAUUUAAAGAAAUAUCAUUUUGAAAAGGAAUAUGUCUAUAUUAUAUUUUGAUAUUUAAAUCUGAAGUAAUUUAAGUCAAAAUGUUAGAGUGCCGUGUUCUUAUCUAAUAAGCUUGCACUUCGUAAAUUAAUUAUCGACUUCUAAGUCGUGAUAUUGUUUGUACAGUUAUUGAACGAGGUGCAAGGUUUUGAGAUAAGAGUAUAAGAUACGAGGUCCUCGGCAUUUAAAACUAGUUUAAAGAAUGUUAAACUUAUUAGGAGCAUUUAUAUUGUUAAGCUUUCGUCCUGGAUUGCUUUCAAAUAUUAGCGACAGUUAACUGUUGUGCAGUUUUCGAUUGACUGUGUAAAACAAUUAGUGAAGUUUACUUUCAAUUAGUUUUCGUUUGCGUAGUUCAGUGAUUGGUUAAAAAUACGCACAAAAGCGCUCUAAACCAAUCAGAGCCAAUAUGCUGUUCUAUUUAACAAAUCGGAGCGUGGCUUGGUGCAAGCGUGUUUUCCCGCGUUUUGUACCGGUUGACGUCUGCUAUGGUUGGUUUUUCAUUUGUUUUACGACAGUCGUCUUACAUGUAAGACUGCCAUUCUAAAAGUAUUUCUAGGUGUAAAUAUUAGUUAUCAAAAAAGGACAAGAAAAAAUCAGUCCGCAAUCAAACAGAGCGCAAGCGUUCCUUUUACUAAGCCUCGUUUUGUUCUUGUUCAGAUGUAGGCCUUUUUUUGCAUGCCUAAAUGGUUAGUGAAAGAGCUGGCUAUAAUGAGAUUAAAAAUAAAGAGAAUAGUUACGA